AUGUCCUCUUCCAUUCCACAGCCUCCCAGACUUCCUCUAUUGGGUAAUAUCUUCGACGUAGACCCGAAUGACCCAUGGGGUUCGCUGAAGAGACUCGCUGAUAGAUAUGGUGAGCUACUGGCCUUCUUAGCUCUGGCAAUUACUGACUAUCAAUCAGGACCGAUUUAUAAGAUUGAAGUCCUGGGUAAGAAUAUUGUUGUCAUCGCGAGUGCCUCGCUUGCCGAGGAAGUGUGCGAUGAGAAACGGUUUCGCAAAUAUAUCAAAGCACCCGUGGUGCAGGAAAUGCGAAAGUCCGUUCACGACGCCCUCUUCACGGCCUACGAUGAUGAGCCUAGUUGGGGAAUAGCACACCGAAUCAUGGCACCUUUUGUCGCUCCGUCGACAGAUGACGUGAGAGUCAGAGAACUGCAAAAUAUGGCAGCAGAACUCGUCGCAAAAUGGACAUCAAUGGAAAGUCAGCGUGUCAACGUGACUGAAGACUUGAAAAGGUUAAACGUGCAAUCUGUUAUGUCAUAUUUCUUCAACCAACGCCAUGAUAUCCUGGCCGGCCAAGGGCCAGAUGUUGUACGAUUGAUGGAUCGUGCCACCUGGGAGACAAUCAAGCGCCCCGGAAAACCAAAGCUGCUUAGGUGGCUUUACUACGAUCGCUUAUUCUAUGCCUAUAUAAAGGACUUUCGUACGAUCGCAGCCGACUUUAUCGCCGAUAAAGAGGCCGAACGACCGCCCAAAGACGACAUGCUUCACGCUCUCUUAACUGCCAAAGAUCCCAAGACCGGACAAGUUAUGGACCGGGAGAGAGUUAUAGAUGAGAUAAUAACUAUCAUGGUUACCGCAAGCUCAACUACCGGUCUUAUGUCGUUUGCGCUCUACUACUUGCUCACACACCCUGAAGAAAUGACCAAAGCCCGGCAAGAGAUCGAUCACGUUCUUGGGCCUCAUUCUCCCAUCACACCGCAAGACCUAGGAAGAUUACCGUACCUUGAAGCUACCUUAAGGGAGACAUUACGUCUAUCCGCUGCCGCGCCAGGCUUUCUCGUCGAACCUGUCCCCUCUGGACUUCCCGGGAUCAUUUCGCUUGCAGGCGGCAAAUACCAGAUACCGAGCAAUCAGCCGAUUAUGGUGAUUUUGUCAGCCGUAAAUCGUGAUCCCGAGGUCUUCCAAGAUCCAGAAGUCUUCCGGCCUGAGCGAAUGCUGGAUGAAGCCUACAGCCGACUGCCAGCUGGGGCGAAGAAGGGGUUCGGCAACGGAAAGCGCUAUUGCUUUGGUAAAAGGUUCGCCUGGCAGCUGUCAAUGAUCACUUUGAUUAGCGUUUUGAGAGGUGUUGAUUUUAAAAUUGCUGAUAAAGAUUAUAAGCUGAAAAGUACUGGAAAACAAAUUUGUGCAAAUUUCCAGGCACCGGUGGAGUUCUUCGUUACGGCCGGUCCACGAAAUGCCCUCCGUCCUUGA